AUGUUGGCCCCUACCCAAUACCCUAUCACCACACUAUUCUCGCUACUGUUCGCAUAUAUUCUUGCCAAUAUUAUUAAACAACUCUUCUUCCAAGACCCUCAUCGGCCUCCUGUGGUUUGGCACUGGCUCCCGAAGAUCGGCAGCACGGUCGACUAUGGACAAGAUCCAUACAAGUUUUUCUUCAAAUGCCAGGAGAAGUAUGGCGAUUGCUUUACCUUCGGGCUCCUUGGCAUGGAUGUAACAGUCUAUCUCGGGACUAAAGGGAACAAUUUCAUUCUCAAUGGCAAGCUCAAGGACUUGAAUGCUGAGGAAGUGUAUGGUCCUUUGACAAUACCUGUCUUUGGUCGGGGUGUUGUCUACGACGUAGACAAUGCUCGUUUCAUGGACCAGAAGAGGCUGUUGAAAGAGGGCUUCACUAGUCAGAGCCUGAGGGCAUAUGUCCCAGAAUUUGUCAAAGAGGUGGAGCAAUUCGUGAGCACAAAUGCUGCGUUUCGCGGCGAAAGCGGUAUCUGCGACAUCUCCUCGGUCUUCUCAGAAAUCUCUCUGUACACUGCCGCCGGCUCAUUGCAAGGGAAGGAGGUUCGAGCUUCUUUCGAUGCAAGUUUUGCAACUCAUUACCGCCAUCUCGAUGACGGAUUUGCCCCAAUCAAUUUCAUGUUCCCCUGGCUCCCAAUACCGAUCAAUCGGCGUCGCGAUCGCGCCCAGAGGAUGAUGUCAAACUUGUACCUGGAAAUCAUCCAGAAGAGGCGUGCGGAGGGCAACCAAGAUGGUGGCCACGACAUGCUUUGGGCCCUACUGGAUGGCACUUACAAAGAUGGCACUCGGAUCGCGGACCAAGAGAUGGCAAAUCUCAUGAUCGCGUUGCUCAUGGGUGGGCAACACAAUACUGCUGCCUCUGGUACCUGGGUCAUGCUCCACCUAGCUCACCAGCCACAUCUAAUUGAACAGCUCUACGAGGAGCAGAAACGCAUCCUGGACGGUCAGACCCCUAGCUAUGAGUCCCUGCAGAAGCUCACACUGCACAAUAAUGUCAUCAAGGAGACACUUCGUCUCCACAGCCCCAUCCACUCCGUGAUGCGCAAGGUCAAACAGCCGAUGCACAUCCCCGACACAGACUAUGUCGUCCCAGUCGGCCACAUUCUCCUCGCGGCGCCAGGCCUCCCAGCCAGGACGGAAGAAUUCUUCCCUCGACCAAUGGUCUGGGAUCCCCAUCGGUGGGACAAGCCGACAGCAGUGGAGCAAGACGAAAAAGGCGACAACGACACUAUUGACUACGGCUACGGCGCUGUGUCUUCCAAGGCUGCAUAUAGUCCCUAUCUUCCAUUUGGCGCAGGCCGGCAUCGUUGUGUUGGCGAGACUUUCGCUUAUUCGCAGCUUGGUGCAAUUCUCGUGACCUUGGUGAGGCUUCUUCAAUGGGAGCAGGUCGAUCCGAAAGCGCCCGUUCCUGCAACUGACUAUUCUGUGAGUUCAUCCAUUGCUUCCUCGGUACCUUGCGAAUAUGACACUGAUCUUCUCCUCUCUGCAGUCAAUGUUCUCUCGACCAAUGCAUCCGGCGACCAUAAAAUGGAGGCGCCGGGAUUAAGUUCACCUAGGUUCUAA